AAAUAUAUAGAUUCUCCUCGGUGCUCUCAAUUCAAUCUUCACCUUGCUUCCCAUUCCUGAUAAACCCUAAAAGGAAAUGUCAACAUGGAAUUGGGUUUUUGCUAUUUUCUUCUUAAUUUCAGUUCUAUGUAGCGUAACUUUGUCUGAUUCAGGCCCGAUUGCUCAACAGAAGUUGGACCAGGUAAAGGACCUUCCUGGUCAAAGUUUCAAUGUCGACUUCGCACAUUAUGCUGGCUAUGUAACUGUGAAUCAAGAGUCUGGGAGAGCUCUCUUUUAUUGGUUGACCGAGGCUGUUCAGGAUCCUGCUUCCAAGCCUCUUAUUCUUUGGCUCAAUGGAGGGCCUGGAUGUUCAUCUGUUGCAUUUGGGAUGGCUGAAGAAAUUGGGCCAUUCCAUGUUGAUAAAGAUGGAAAGUCUGUUUACUUGAACCCAUAUUCUUGGAACAAUGUGGCAAAUUUAUUGUUUCUUGAUUCCCCUGUUGGAGUUGGUUAUUCUUACUCAAAUACUUCUUCUGAUCUUAUGAGCAAUGGAGAUAAAAGAACAGCUGCGGAUUCACUUGAAUUUGUAUUGAAUUGGCUUGAGCGGUUCCCUGAAUAUAAAGGAAGGGAUUUCUAUAUAACAGGCGAGAGCUAUGCAGGACAUUAUGUUCCUCAAUUAAGCCAAGCCAUUGUGAGAUAUAACAAAGCCAAUGCAGGAAGUCCAAUUAAUCUCAAGGGUUACAUGGUGGGGAAUGCCCUAACCGAUGAUUAUAGUGAUCAUGUUGGACUUUUCCAAUUUAUGUGGGCAGCUGGUAUGAUUUCUGACCAAACUUACAAGAAAUUGAACGACGUAUGCAACAAGGAAUCCUUUAUUCACCCCUCAAGCGAGUGUGACCAUAUGACGGAUAUUGCUUAUCAAGAAAUGGGCAACAUCGACCCUUAUAGCAUCUUUACUCCUCCUUGUAGCACCAACGGCAUCACUAAGAGGCUUCUAAGAAGAUGGCAUAAUGUCGGGCAAAUCGGGCAGAGUUAUGACCCAUGCACUGAGCAACAUUCCUUGGUUUACUUCAAUUUACCUGAGGUCCAAAAUGCACUUCAUGUUUAUCAGAGUAACAGCAAAUCAAGAUGGGAAACCUGCAGCAAUGUUGUAGGGAUGUAUUGGAAGGAUUCUCCUAUAUCCGUGCUUGAUGUCCAUCAAGAGCUAAUAAGUUCAGGGCUUCGUGUCUGGAUAUUCAGUGGUGAUACGGAUGCAGUGAUUCCCGUUACUUCUACACGCUACAGCAUAGACGCUCUCAACCUUACGACAAUCAGCCCUUGGCGUGCCUGGUACGAUGACGGCCAGGUGGGAGGAUGGACGCAAAAGUACGAAGGAUUGACUUUUGUAACAGUGAGAGGAGCCGGUCACGAGGUACCUUUGCAUAAGCCGAAGCAAGCACUCACCCUCGUCAAGUCUUUCUUAGCAGGAAUUUCCAUGGCGCCAUUUGAGCAAGUGAUCGAGCCCAGAGCUUCUGCUUUAGAAGAAGUUAGCGGCUUCUAAAGAUCAACUCAUACCACCUUUUGCUGUCUUUGUUAAACACUGUCUUUACUCUCCUGUUGAUACGAAUAAAAUGUUGAGACUUACCUUAGAGCAUAUUCAACAGAUUCUCUUUCAGA